GUCGUUUAAGAGAAGAGAGGUUACCCGUAAACAAAAGGUCAAAACGACACGAAUUAGCUGGAAAGGGGUAUAGGGUUUUGAUCCAAAUCUUGAUAUUCAACUUGAAAAUUUCACAAUCAAAUCACUAAUCAGAAUCAUUAUCGACUGCAAUGGUCUGCGAAAAGUGUCAGAAAAAAUUAUCGAAGGUGAUAGUACCAGACAAAUGGAAAGAAGGUGCAAGCAAUACUACUGAAGGCGGUGGCCGCAAAAUCAACGAGAACAAGCUCCUUUCCAAGAAGAACAGAUGGACCCCUUAUGGAACUACUAAAUGCAUCAUUUGCAAGCAGCAAGUGCACCAGGAUGGCAAGUACUGUCACACCUGUGCUUACUCGAAAGGAGUUUGUGCGAUGUGUGGCAAGCAAGUUCUGGACACCAAGUUUUAUAAACAAAGCAAUGUGUAGUGGAUUUGUGCUUCAUUUUGCAUCUUUUAGGUGCAUUGUAGCAUUUCCUUUUUACUCAGUAUAGUCUAAUUGGUGGUGUUGCUAACAAUGUAACUGAAGCUGUAAAAAAUACAGUGAGAGUGAGGGGGAUUCUAUUUUCUUUGCCAUAUGUAAUGUACUUGUUGAAUGUUCAUUUGUGAUCUAAAAACAUUGUACCUUUUCACGUGAAAUUCAUGUUCUCUUGGGUUUAUA